AUGACGACAUUUACAGAACAAGAGGGCACAUUUGACGUCGGCGGCAAGAGCCUCUACACCAAGACGUUCCUGCCCGCUGGCCCGAUUAAGGCAAAGCUAGUCUUUGUGCACGGCUUCAGCGACCAUGUCGGGCGCUACACGGCCUUCUUCUCGGCGCUCGCGGAGCGCGGCAUCGCCGUCUACGGCUUCGACCAGCGCGGCUGGGGCCGCAGCGUGAGCAAGCCGUCCGAGAAGGGUCUCACGGGGCCGACGACGCGCGUCAUCGCCGACAUCGCGGCAUUCGUGCAGCCGCACCUGCCAGCGUCGCCGUCCUCGGACCCGCCGCUGUUCGUCAUGGGCCACUCCAUGGGCGGCGGCGAGGUGCUCACGCUGGCGGCCGACGCGGCGUACCAGGACAGCGUGGUGCGCCACGUGCGCGGCUGGCUGCUCGAGAGCCCCUUCAUCAGCUUCUCGCCCGAAGAGCAGCCUAGCUGGCUCAAGAUCAACGCCGGGCGGCUCGCGGGCCGCCUGCUGCCGCGCCACCAGCUGUACCACGAGCUCGCGCCGGCCAACCUGUCGCGCGACGCAGCCGUCGUGCAGAGCAUCGGCGAGGACACGCUAAUGCACAACACGGGCACGCUCGAGGGCCUCGCGGGGCUACUGGACCGCACGCAGUCGCUGGUGGGCGGAGCCACGCGGCCGCGCGGCGACGCCGUCCGCAGCGUCUGGUUCGGCCACGGCACCAGCGACAAGGCCACCAACUUCGCCUCGAGCAAGAACUACUUUGACAAAUUCCUCGACGCCGUCCCCGACAAGCAGUUCAAGGCCUACGACGGCUGGUACCACCAGCUGCACGCCGACGGCCCCUGUAGCGCCGAGUUCUACAGGGACGUCGGCGACUGGAUCCUGGCCCACGUCGAUGCCCCGACGCCGGCGCCCACGCCGACGACAGAUGCGAACCCGUCGGCACCCGCCGCGGCGCCGUCCACCGACGCCAAGCUGUGA